AUGCCUCCCUCCAAGGCCGUCAGCCGUGCACUCAUGAAGUAUCCCCGACUUACAGACGGCUCCUCUUAUUGCUCGUAUCCCUCUUUCCUCCGUGAAGCGUUCCGUCUUUCGAAGCCAGUCGCCUUACUCACCGUUACCAAGGCGGAGGUCGACACCGAAUUCGCGACGCAAGUCCGACAAAGCCUUGCCCAUGAUGACGGUCUAAGCCAAAGACUGAUCGAUGAGGCGACCAACAAGACAUCGAACCAGCUUUGGGAAACUCUCCGAUCAGACCUAGCAAAACGCAAUCCGAGACAAGUGCCUACAGGCAUCGACCUUCAAGCCGUCAAGGACAUCAAGCUGGCGGCUGUAGGCUGGGAUCCUCGGAACCGACGCCGGCCGAACGACAGCCUGAGUGUGCAGCGCUACGAGGACUUUGCGCGGAAGACGGAGAGUUUGAAUCGUGAGACUGAGUUCGACAAGGCUUUGAUGGAUGAUGCGUUUCGUCUGGCGGUUUCUAGAAUCACCAAUCAGUCGACCAAGGGGGUGUAA